CUACUGACCACUAAUCUCCCUCAGAGCAGAAACUAGACUUCAGGUUAAAAUGGGCAACUCCGAGAGUCAGUACACCCUUCAAGGAUCUAAAAAUCAUAGCAAUACUGUCACUGGUGCUAAGCAAAUUCCUUGCUCCCUGAAAAUACGUGGGAUUCAUGCAAAAGAGGAAAAGUCGUUGCAUGGAUGGGGUCAUGGAAGUAGCGGAGCAGGUUACAAGUCCAGGUCCCUGGCCCGAAGCUGCCUUUCUCACUUUAAGAGUAACCAGCCUUACGCAUCGAGACUCAGUGGCUCCACGUGCAAGGUCUCCAGAGGCAUUGCCUACUCCACGCACAGGACAAAUGCCCCAGGGAAGGAUUUCCAGGGCAUCAGUGCUGCUUUCUCAACUGAGAAUGGCUUCCACUGUGUUGGCCAUGAGCCGGCAGAUAACCAUAUCACCUCCAGAGACUGCAACGGACACCUUCUCAACUGCUACGGGAGGAAUGAGAGCAUUGCCUCCACCCUGCCAGGCGAAGACCGCAAGAGCCCCAGAGUGCUCAUCAAAACACUGGGGAAGCUGGAUGGGUGUUUAAGGGUCGAGUUCCACAAUGGUGGCAACCCCAGCAAAGUGCCUGCAGAGGACUCCAGUGAGCCGGUGCAGCUGCUGAGGUACUCACCUACCUUAGCAUCAGAAACCUCCCCAGUGCCUGAAGCCAGGAGGGGGUCCAGCGCCGAUUCCCUGCCCAGCCAUCGCCCCUCUCCCACGGACUCUCGCCUGCGGUCCAGCAAAGGCAGCUCCCUGAGUUCUGAGUCAUCCUGGUACGACUUCCCUUGGGGCAACGCUGGAGAGCUGAGCGAGGCUGAGGGCUCCUUCCUGGCCCCCGGCAUGCCUGACCCCAGCCUCCAUGCCAGCUUCCCACCUGGUGAUGCCAAAAAGCCUUUCAACCAAAGCUCUUCCCUCUCCUCCCUUCGGGAACUGUACAAAGAUGCCAACUUGGGGAGCCUGUCCCCCUCAGGUAUCCGUCUUUCUGAUGAAUACAUGGGCACGCACGCCAGCCUGAGCAACCGCGUCUCUUUCGCCUCUGACAUUGAUGUGCCCUCUAGGGUGGCACACAGGGACCCCGUCCAGUACAGUUCCUUCACUCUCCCCUGUCGGAAGCCCAAAGCCUUAGUUGAGGAUACUGCAAAGAAGGACUCCCUCAAAGCCAGGAUGCGACGGAUCAGUGACUGGACGGGAAGCCUCUCAAGGAAGAAAAGGAAACUCCAGGAGCCGAGGUCCAAGGAGGGCAGUGACUACUUUGACAGUCGCUCUGAUGGACUGAAUACAGAUGUGCAGGGGCCCUCCCAGGCGUCUGCUUUUCUGUGGUCAGGGGGCUCUGCUCAGAUCCUGUCUCAGAGAAGUGAAUCCACGCAUGCAAUUGGCAGCGAUCCCCUCCGACAGAACAUUUAUGAGAAUUUCAUGCGAGAGUUGGAAAUGAGCAGGACCAACAUUGAGAACAUAGAAACGUCUACAGAAACCGCUGAGUCCAGCAGCGAGUCGCUCAGCUCUCUGGAACAGCUGGAUCUGCUCUUUGAGAAGGAACAGGGGGUGGUCCGGAAAGCCGGGUGGCUCUUCUUCAAGCCCCUGGUCACUGUGCAGAAAGAAAGGAAGCUCGAGCUGGUGGCAAGAAGGAAAUGGAAACAGUACUGGGUAACACUGAAAGGAUGCACGCUGCUGUUUUAUGAGACCUAUGGGAAGAAUUCCAUGGAUCAGAGCAGUGCCCCUCGGUGUGCUCUGUUUGCAGAAGACAGCAUAGUGCAGUCUGUUCCAGAACAUCCUAAGAAAGAAAACGUGUUCUGCCUCAGCAACUCCUUUGGAGACGUCUACCUUUUCCAGGCCACCAGCCAGACAGAUCUAGAAAACUGGGUCACCGCCGUACACUCUGCUUGUGCAUCCCUUUUUGCAAAGAAGCAUGGGAAAGAGGAUACACUGCGGCUGCUGAAGAACCAGACCAAAAACCUGCUUCAGAAGAUAGACAUGGACAGCAAGAUGAAGAAGAUGGCAGAGCUGCAGCUUUCUGUGGUGAGCGACCCAAAGAACAGGAAAGCCAUAGAGAACCAGAUCCAGCAAUGGGAGCAGAAUCUUGAGAAAUUUCACAUGGAUCUGUUCAGGAUGCGCUGCUAUCUGGCCAGCCUACAAGGUGGAGAGUUACCGAACCCCAAGAGUCUCCUUGCAGCCGCCAGCCGCCCCUCCAAGCUGGCCCUCGGCAGGCUGGGCAUCUUGUCUGUUUCUUCUUUCCAUGCUCUGGUAUGUUCUAGAGAUGACUCUGCUCUCCGGAAAAGGACACUGUCACUGACCCAGCGAGGGAGAAACAAGAAGGGAAUAUUUUCUUCGUUAAAAGGGCUGGACACACUGGCCAGAAAAGGGAAGGAAAAGAGACCUUCUAUAACUCAGGUCGACGAACUUCUGCAUAUAUAUGGUUCAACAGUAGACAGUGUUCCCCGAGACAAUGCAUGGGAAAUCCAGACUUAUGUCCACUUUCAGGAUAAUCACGGAGUUACUGUAGGGAUCAAGCCAGAGCACAGAGUAGAAGAUAUUUUGACUCUGGCAUGCAAGAUGAGGCAGUUGGAACCCAGCCAUUAUGGCCUACAACUUCGAAAAUUAGUAGAUGACAAUGUUGAGUACUGCAUCCCUGCACCAUAUGAAUAUAUGCAAGAACAGGUUUAUGAUGAAAUAGAAGUCUUUCCACUAAAUGUUUAUGAUGUGCAGCUCACGAAGACUGGGAGUGUGUGUGACUUUGGGUUUGCAGUUACAGCGCAGGUGGAUGAGCAUCAGCAUCUCAGCCGGAUAUUUAUAAGCGACGUUCUUCCCGAUGGCCUGGCGUAUGGGGAAGGGCUGAGAAAGGGCAAUGAGAUCAUGACCUUAAAUGGGGAAGCUGUGUCUGAUCUUGACCUCAAGCAGAUGGAGGCUCUAUUUUCUGAGAAGAGCGUCGGACUCACUCUGAUUGCCCGGCCUCCAGACACAAAAGCCACCCUGUGUACAUCCUGGUCAGACAGUGACCUGUUCUCCAGGGACCAGAAGAGUCUGCUACCCCCUCCUAACCAGUCUCAACUGCUGGAGGAAUUCCUGGAUAACUUUAAAAAGAAUACAGCCAAUGAUUUCAGCAACGUCCCUGAUAUCACAACAGGUCUGAAAAGGAGUCAGACAGAUGGCACUCUGGAUCAGGUUUCCCACAGGGAGAAAAUGGAGCAGACAUUCAGGAGUGCUGAGCAGAUCACUGCACUGUGCAGGAGUUUUAACGACACUCAGGCCAACGGCAUGGAAGGACCGCGGGAGAGUCAGGAUCCUCCUCCAAGGCCUCUGGCCCGCCACCUCUCUGAUGCAGACCGCCUCCGCAAAGUCAUCCAGGAGCUUGUGGACACAGAGAAGUCCUACGUGAAGGAUCUGAGCUGCCUCUUUGAGUUAUACUUGGAGCCACUUCAGAAUGAGACCUUUCUAACUCAAGAUGAGAUGGAGUCACUUUUUGGAAGUUUGCCAGAGAUGCUUGAGUUUCAGAAGGUGUUUCUGGAGACCCUGGAGGAUGGGAUUUCAGCAUCAUCUGACUUUAAUACCCUAGAAACCCCCUCACAAUUUAGAAAAUUACUAUUUUCCCUCGGAGGCUCUUUCCUUUAUUACGCGGACCACUUUAAACUGUACAGUGGAUUCUGUGCUAACCAUAUCAAAGUACAGAAGGUUCUGGAGCGAGCUAAAACUGACAAAGCCUUCAAGGCUUUCCUGGACGCCCGGAACCCCACCAAGCAGCAUUCCUCCACGCUGGAGUCCUACCUCAUCAAGCCGGUUCAGAGAGUGCUCAAGUACCCGCUGCUGCUCAAGGAGCUGGUGUCCCUGACAGACCAGGAGAGCGAGGAACAUUACCACCUGACGGAAGCACUAAAGGCAAUGGAGAAAGUAGCGAGCCACAUCAACGAGAUGCAGAAGAUCUAUGAGGAUUAUGGGACCGUGUUUGACCAGCUAGUAGCUGAGCAAAGCGGAACAGAGAAGGAGGUAACAGAACUUUCGAUGGGAGAGCUUCUGAUGCACUCUACGGUUUCCUGGUUGAAUCCAUUUCUAUCUCUAGGAAAAGCUAGAAAGGACCUUGAGCUCACAGUAUUUGUUUUUAAGAGAGCCGUCAUACUGGUUUAUAAAGAAAACUGCAAACUGAAAAAGAAAUUGCCCUCGAAUUCCCGGCCUGCACACAACUCUGCUGACUUGGACCCAUUUAAAUUCCGCUGGUUGAUCCCCAUCUCCGCGCUUCAAGUCAGACUGGGGAAUCCAGCAGGGACAGAAAAUAAUUCCAUAUGGGAACUGAUCCAUACGAAGUCAGAAAUAGAAGGACGGCCAGAAACCAUCUUUCAGUUGUGUUGCAGUGACAGUGAAAGCAAAACCAACAUUGUUAAGGUGAUUCGUUCUAUUCUGAGGGAAAACUUCAGGCGUCACAUAAAGUGUGAAUUACCACUGGAGAAAACAUGUAAGGAUCGCCUGGUACCUCUUAAGAACCGAGUUCCUGUUUCAGCUAAAUUAGCUUCAUCCAGGUCUUUAAAAGUCCUGAAGAAUUCCUCCAGCAGCGAGUGGACUAGCGAGACUGGCAAGGGAACCUUGCUGGACUCGGACGAGGGCAGCUUGAGCAGCAGCACCCAGAGCAGCGGCUGCCCCACGGCCGAGGGCAGGCAGGACUCCAAGACUGCUUCUCCCGGGAAAUACCCACACCCCGGCUUGGCAGAUUUUGCCGACAAUCUCAUCAAAGAGAGUGAUAUCCUGAGUGAUGAAGAUGAUGACCACCAUCAAACUCUGAAGCGGGGCAGCCCUACUAAAGACAUUGAAAUUCAGUUCCAGAGACUGAGGAUUUCUGAGGACCCAGACGUUCACCCCGAGGCUGAGCAGCAGCCUGGCCCGGAGUCGGGCGAGGGCCAGAAGGGCGGAGAGCAGCCCAAACUGGUCCGGGGGCACUUCUGCCCCAUCAAACGAAAAGCCAACAGCACCAAGAGGGACAGAGGAACUUUGCUCAAGGCUCAGCUCCGUCACCAGUCCCUUGACAGUCAAUCUGAAAAUGCCACCAUCGAUCUAAAUUCUGUUCUAGAGCGAGAAUUCAGUGUCCAGAGUUUAACAUCUGUUGUCAAUGACGAGUGUUUUUAUGAAACAGAGAGCCAUGGAAAAUCAUAGUACGAUUCAAUCCAGAUAUGGGUUACAUUCCUCAUUUUACUUUUAAACUGGUGGUAAAGUGGAAAUUGCAAAAAAA